GGGAAAAGACAGGUCGUGCAUUGGCCGGGAAUCGAACCCGGGCCUCCCGCGUGGCAGGCGAGAAUUCUACCACUGAACCACCAAUGCAGGCGAUGUAAAACUCUCAUCAGAUCCUAUCUCAGCUCACACGGAGUUGAGCCGACCUUGGCCCGGAAAACGGUGUAGUCAGGGAUUCAGCCAAGACUCUUCGAUAGUUGACGUGGGUGGAGCCCAGGCCAUCCUUCUUCCCGCCUGGAUCCGGUCACUCGGCCAUAAAGUCACCCCAUAUGGCCAGGGGCGGCCCCACACCCGGGUGCGAACUGCCCGGGCCCCCGAGCCUCGCGUGCAGGUGAGAAAAACUCAGCCCGAGCCCAGGUUCCCAAGGAGGGGGGCAGCGGGGGACUUCUGGGGCCACACAUCUGCGCUUCCAUUUGGCUCAGGUAGGGGGAGGUGUGAUGUGCUGGGGUCCCUGAUUCCAAAUGGGAGUGCCCUCCCCAAGGUCUGGGUCCAUCCGGCUGGGAUUUUGGCAAGGCAGGCUCCGUGAAAAAACAAGCUGUGGUCGGGCACUGAACCCCAUCCAUCCCUGACUCCGAAGCUAUCUACAAUCCUGUCUUUCUGUGUCCUUGUCCCUGGAAUUCUUGUUGUCCCAUUUAAUCGUCGGUUUUAUCUUCCCAAGCACUUUGUCCUGAAGUUUCCAAGAUGUGCACGCAUCAUUUUGCUGAGGGUCAUGCUCUUAGUAUGAGGGAUAAUCUGGGUCUCAGAUCCAUAUCCCAGUGUGAACCGUGCAGCCAAGACCAGGACCUAGUGGGCACAAAGAGCACAGAUGUUGGGCGAAUUGAAUAGAAGUGACUUAGAACAGCUUCUCUUCUACCUCCAAAGUCCCAGUGGAAGUAGAGGGAUCCAGCCAGCACACUGAGGUGGCCACUAUCCCAAGGAGGAGGUGAAUUUUGGGGAAAGAUGUACAGGAUCCAGCCUAGAGGCUGAGGGGUGCUAACUUUAAUUUCAGGGUUAGUGGAGGUACAGGGAGCCCCCCAGAAAGCUGAGAUAGUGAAGGGGAGGGGAACUCUGCAGCUCACUCCUGAGUUAUGGCCCAGACACCUCAAGCUCCCUCCUCCCCCAAUAACCUCCUGCCUUCAGCUGGGUCCCGCCUCCUUAUACAGCUUUAUGGUCCUUGACCCAGCCGGCGCUGCCCCUGCCCCUCAUUUCCCACACUCGCAGGCCUGUUCCACUCCUCCCCCUCCCACUUGCGCUCCUCCCCUUUCCGGGCGCCUCGUGCCCGGGGCGAGUCCGGCGAGAUCUGGGUGCUGAAGGGGCGGGUCCGGGUCCUAACUAACACCCCCCCCAGCCCCGCCGCCGCCCCUACUUGGGAGCCUGCGGGAUAUAAGGCGCAAGGCGAGCAGGGGCUCGGUCUACACAAGGGUCCGGAGGAGCGAUGGUCACCCGGGAUCGAGCGGAGAACAGGGAGGGCCCCAAGAUGUUGAAGCCGCUUGUGGAGAAGCGGCGCCGGGACCGCAUCAACCGCAGCCUGGAGGAACUGAGGCUGCUGCUGCUGGAGCGGACCCGAGACCAGAACCUCCGGAACCCGAAGCUGGAGAAAGCAGAGAUACUGGAGUUCGCCGUGGGCUACUUGAGGGAGCGAAGCCGGGUGGAGCCCCCCGGGGUUCCCCGGUCCCCAGCCCAGGACGCCGAGGCGCUCGCCAGCUGCUACUUGUCCGGCUUCCGCGAGUGCCUGCUUCGCCUGGCGGCCUUCGCGCACGACGCCAGCCCGGCCGCCCGCGCCCAGCUCUUCUCCGCGCUGCACGGAUACCUGCGCCCCAAGCCGCCCCGGCCCGAACCGGUAGAUCCAAGGCCCCAGGCGCCGCGCCCACCGCUGGACCCCGCCGCCCCAGCGCCUGGCCCGGCGCUGCACCAGCGCCUGCCAGUGCACAAGGGCCCCCCUAGCCCGCGCUGCGCAUGGUCCCCGGCCCCCUGCUCCCCCCGCGCCGGGGAUUCCUGCGCGCCGGCCCCCCUCACCGGACUGCUGCCGCCGCCGCCGCCGCCGCCGCCGCCGCCUCACAGACAAGAGGGGGCGCCCAAGGCCCCGCCGCCCCCGCCGCCCGCUUUCUGGAGACCUUGGCCCUGAGCUUUGAGGGGUGGGGUGGGGGCGGGGGCUGGGGGGUGGGGUAGAGACUCCAGCCCGAGGGCAGCAGAGGGACCCGGGCGUCGGGGCGAGGAGGUGUUGGGGAGGGCGGCGGGGCGCGCGGGCGUAGCGCGCGGGUGAGAUGUGGUCUAUAUUAGAGUAUCUAUAUAAAUAUAUAUUUCCCUGGUUCCUGUCCCUUCUCCCUGCCCUCCUUGCGUCUAGGAUUGUACCCUCUGCCCCCGGCCCAGCCCCAGUCCCCUCCCGAGUCCCUAGUGCAUGGAAUAAAGUGGUUAUUCAAUCCCCGUGUGUCCCCUAGCCAGGGGCCUGCCUUUAUCUCGGCGUCCACGCCCACUUUCCUUCCCCUUCUGUCUCCCAACCCCCAGUCCUGCUCUCCUUGGCCCAAGCCGCGGGGCACACAGGUAAGUAAAGAGCAGAGCGGAGGCUGAGGUUGGACUGAAGCCGGAUGGCAGACACUUGAGAUAGGGUAGGGAGAGGAGGGAUGGGAGCCUCUAAGAAAAAGCCAGAUACAGAAAGGAGGGAGGAAAAAAAAAGAAUAAAUGAAAAUAAAACCGACUCUGGUGGGAUUCGAACCCACAACCUUUGAAUCGCUCUUUCGUCACUAGAAGUCCAAUGCGCUAUCCAUUGCGCCACAGAGCCACCUGGCGGGCGGCGGCGUCCAUCAGCUUACGGGUACUAGAACGGAAAAGGGGCGGGGUGGGGGAGGGGUGCGAGGGAAUUGGGCGUGGCUUGGCAGGAGCGCGUGGUUUGGACCUCGCGGAGUCCUGUUUGAAAGAGGUAGCUUGCCCUAAGCACGCGAGCCAGGUGGGAGUGCGGGGGCGCAGGGGUGGAAGAAACAAAGAGAGAGCAACUGAAUAUGAGCGAGCAAAUACAGAGAUCAAGGUGCCCGCUUGAGGGAUGCUUCCAGGUCAGGCGCACCCCACUCCCAGAUGUGGCCCCAUCCGUAAAAAUAAACUUGUGUUGGAAAUGUC